AUCUACCGCGCGCAGUCCAAGGUUCGCGGAGUAGAAGAAUUCCGCGCCACCGUGAAUUGUGUUCGCUAGCUUCUGUGCAGCUAUUCAGCUCUAAGCCGUUAAAGGGCAGCUGUACCGAAACUACAACAAUUUACGUGAUGACCUUGUCGUACACGGAGGCCGUUCCUGGUGUCAAUCUUCAGCUUGAGGAUGAGGACGAGCAAGCUCCGAGAGGUAAUGUGCUCAAACUGUGGGGGAAUCAACAAACGAUGAAUCUUAACACGAUGGUCUACACAAACAUUGUUCAAUCGCCUUAUUUCAAGACUAACCUUAUUGAGCUUAAAACUUACCAUGAAGUGAUUGAUGAAAUAUAUUACAAGGUUGAACAUUUGGAGCCUUGGGAGAGGGGGAGCCGCAAGGUUGGUGGCCAAACCGGCAUGUGUGGCGGGGUAAGAGGUGUCGGAGCUGGUGGGAUCGUUUCUACUGCCUUCUGCUUAUUGUAUAAGUUGUACACUCUAAAACUAACCAGAAAACAACUAAAGGGAUUGCUUGAUCAUCCAGAUUCUCCUUACAUUCGGGCUCUUGGUUUUAUGUACAUAAGAUACUGCAUCCCUCCGGACGACUACUGGCGCUGGUACUCGCAAUACUUAGAUGAUGCUGAGGAAUUGGAUGUCAAAGCGGGUGGGGGUUGUACCAUGACCAUCGGAUCAAUGCUUGAACAUUGGUUGACCAAGCUAGAUUGGUUUGGGACUUUGUUUCCUCGCAUUCCUGUGCCUGUGCAAAAGAAAAUCGACGAGAAACUCCGCUUCAGACGGUGUCAGAAACUGUUGCAGGAUUCUUCCCAUACACCUAUCAGUGAUGAUCGCAAAGUCCUUCCUCAAACCCUGCGGGAUGUUGAAGAUGGCAACGAUAGAAGACACGGACAUAAGAGUAGACACGGCGAUCAUAGCCAUCACCGGCACCGCAUUCAUCGUUCACGAUCUCGGUCCCACGAGAGACGACGUUCCCGAUCUCCUAAAACACGCGAAACUUCUUUUGAACGUGAUUUGAAGCGAGUACGCGAGCGGCAAGAGAGGGAUAGGCGAAGGAGCCGGAGCUGAUCAUUGAAUUUUCAAAAUCAUUGUAUUUAAAUACUCAUUACUUCCCUAUUGUCUGUUCAUCUGUGUGUAUCGAUCUUUGAUUGUACACAACCACCGUAAUCUUAUUCCAAGCCAACUACUGGGCUAUUGUUUCGAAUUUUCAUCCAAAUAAUUCAUCAUCUCCGUUUUCUUUCUGCUCGCUUUCCAUCCUCACCCAUAGCUAUGGGCUACCGACGAGUUUUGUGAAUUCUCUCGAGCCUUCUCCCCUUAACGCGAGAAUCCAUUUCGUGCAUUUUCCUUCUGUUUUCAAUCCCGUUUGAGCUUAGUUUGGUGCAGUCCUCGAUUUGAUAAAAAGCGGAGGUAGCUUGGUAUCACUCGGCUUCACUCCUCAACCCUAUGGUAAAUCCAGUGAUCCAUUGCGGUUCUGGAUUAUCUAACCACGAUCACAAGAGCGUACUCCUAUUUCUGUGCAUUUGGGAGAUUUCAUCCCAUACGUUAGAGAAACAGGGUUCUUAGACUUUUGUCCUUCAUCAUUGUUCAACUCACAGCCAUCACGAUUAUCUGCGCAUCUGUCUGCGAUGAACUCACUCUUCCGAUUCAGUGUUCC